CGUAAAAAAAAAAAAAAAAAAAAAAAAAAAAAAGAGGGGGAAAGAGCUUUAGCCUUUGGGCACGGAACUCAAAGUAACAGCAUCGUUUCUAUAGACGGCAGAGGAGCUUGUUUACCCUCUACCCUUCCUGAAGUCGUAAUAUAGUAUAGAUAGUCCUCGAAUUUUAUUGUCAAUCUCUCUUUCUCGACUCCAAAAUCUGAAAUUCCAUAAAUGGCAACCAUGUCGCUCACUGAGCUCGAUAAUGAUACUGUGCGAAGCAUGUCCGUUGGGGCUGUUUUCUCAGAUUUUGGCGGGAAGAUAAAUUCGGUUGAUUUCCAUCGAAAAGACGAUUUGUUGGUAACAGCAAGUGAUGACGAUUCUGUUCGGCUUUAUGAUAUUGCAAGUGCUAAGUUGCUCAAGACAACUUAUCACAAGAAACAUGGUGCCGAUCGUAUAUGCUUUACUCAUCACCCUAGCUCUGUUAUUUGUUCCUCAAAGUACAAUUUGGAUUCUACCGGAGAAUCUUUAAGGUAUCUAUCAAUGUAUGAUAAUAGGUGUCUUCGUUACUUCAAAGGGCAUAAAGAAAGAGUUGUUUCUCUUUGCAUGUCUCCAAUCAAUGAUAGCUUCAUGUCUGGUUCUCUCGACCACAGUGUCAGAAUAUGGGAUCUUCGUGUAAAUUCUUGUCAGGGAAUUUUGCGUCUACGUGGUAGACCUACAGUUGCAUAUGAUCAGCAAGGUCUUGUCUUUGCUGUGGCAAUGGAAGGGGGUGCUAUUAAAUUGUUUGAUUCGCGUUCAUAUGACAAGGGUCCCUUUGAUACCUUUUUAGUUGGUGGAGACACAGCUGAGGUUUGUGAUAUUAAAUUCAGCAAUGAUGGCAAAUCAAUGCUCUUGACAACAACAAGUAACAAUAUAUAUGUUCUUGAUGCAUAUGGAGGAGAGAAGCGAUGUGGCUUCAGUUUGGAACCAUCACCAAAUACGACUAUAGAGGCAACUUUUUCCCCAGAUGGCCAGUAUGUGGUAUCAGGCUCAGGAGAUGGAACCUUGCACGCCUGGAAUAUCAAUGUGCGAAAUGAGGUGGCGUGCUGGAAUAGCCACAUAGGCAUCCCAUCGUGCUUGAAAUGGGCUCCACGUAGAGCCAUGUUUGUUGCUGCAUCCUCUGUGCUUACGUUUUGGAUACCUAAUAAUUCCAAGUCAGCUGCGGAGCCUCGACCUAUGGACACUGAAGGCGUACCUCAACCUGACCAUAGUUCUCAAUCAUGAAAACCAGGUUUUUCAUUACUUGUUUCCAUAACUAUGAACAUGAUGCACCGUUUUAGGGCCAAAAUUUGUGCUUGAAUUGCCCUCAAUUUUGUAAAAUAUAUAAGUUGUUUAAUAUUGAUGAUUUUUGUUUUCAAAUCUCAUACUGCAAUAAGAUGCCUGUUUUAGCCUGAACAA